CUGUAUAAGAUUACGGCAGGAUGCUCAAAUGCGGACAGUUUUAGGGAAGUUCUGACUAAAGUCAGACGUGUUUGUUCAAUUGUGUAAACAGUGAACGGCGUGAUCGUGUUAUUGAAAAUUAAAAUAAUCCUUGGAGAAACAAGGUGAAUCAAGAUGGCUGAAAAAGAUUCAGAAUUGAUGGAAAAGCGUCAGUCUCUCAACGGCAUGGCGGAUUCUUCGGGGGGCGAAGUAAAACUCAAACGAGAGUUGGGGUUGUUCUCUGCUGUCAAUUUAAUCCUUGGUGUGAUGAUCGGGUCUGGUAUAUUUGUGUCACCGGCAUCAGCGUUAGAAUACUCCGGAUCCGUCGCCCUAUGUCUGAUUAUAUGGACAGUCUCUGGAAUUAUAUCAUUAUUAGGAGCGCUAUCGUUUGCAGAGUUGGGAACUGUUGUUGGAAAAUCCGGCGCUGAAUAUUCUUAUUUUCAAGAGGCGUUUGGAAAUAUUCAUAAAUACUGGGGGCCAUUGCCUUCUUUUAUAUGCGCAUGGAUUUACGUAGUUAUUUUAAGGCCCGCAGAAGUUGCAAUUAUUGUGAUGACGUUUGCUGAAUAUUCAAUUCAACCUUUUGCGCCAGAAAUGCACCCAGACCAGAAAAGUAUAGUGAUAAAACUCACUUCAGUAGCCGCAUUAUUUGUAAUGACCUACAUAAAUAUUACGAGUGUGAAACUAUUUGUCAAAGUGCAGAAUAUAUUUGGAGUCUGCAAAGUGUUGGCCUGUCUGAUUGUUAUUGGAGGAGGCAUUUAUGAAAUUGCUAGAGGUCACACGGACCACUUGAACAAAGGCUUCGAAGGCAGCACCACCAGUCCCGGGGGUAUCGCCCUCGCACUGUACUCAGGUUUAUGGGCCUAUGAUGGAUGGAACAGUGUCACUGUCGUCACUGAGGAGAUUAUUAACCCUGGAGUUAACGUACCCCUCAGCAUAUCAAUCGCCGUGCCCCUCAUCACGGGCCUUUACGUGUUCAUGAACGUGGCGUACAUGACGGUCCUGAGCUACGCGGAGAUGACGUCAGUGCCAGCCGUGGCCGUGGCCUUCGGGACGCGGGUGCUAGGACCUGCCAGCUUUCUGAUACCUUUAGGGGUUUCUAUAGCGACCUUCGGAUGUGCUAUGAGUGUGCAGUUUGGUGUUACGAGAGUGUGUUACACAGCGGCUCGUAGUGGACAUAUGUUAGAAGUACUCUCUUAUGUAAAUGUCAGGCGAAUGACGCCUGCGCCUGCUGUGGCUUUCCAGGCAAUACUGACAACAGCAUUCAUAUUAGUUGGUAACAUUAAAACUUUAAUAGAGUUCGCCAGUUGGUUCCUUUGGUUCUUCUACGGGCUGGCAAUGGUCGCUCUGUUGGUACUGCGAAAAACACAAGCGUCGACGCCUCGGCCGUACCGAGUCCCCACAAUCGUACCCAUAUUCGUGCUAAUUGUGGCGAUAUUUUUAUCAAUACUGCCCAUAGUACAUGAUCCGUCGCUCAAGUACUUGUUUGCUGUGGGCUUCAUCGUGAUGGGUGCCACCGUCUACACUGUAUUUGUAUACUAUAAGAAGACUCCAACUUAUCUUUUAAGAAAAUUCACAUUCGUGACUCAAGUCCUGUUCGAAAGUGUACCGCCCAGCAAUCGUCAAGACUGAUUUUAUAUUAAACUAAUUUUAUAUCUGUAAAUAUAGUACAACAAAA